UAUGAGGCUGAACAUCUCAGCACCCUCGUCACAAACCGUAAUAAGGCACCUCCCGAUCCGGAAUCCAGUCUCAAACGAUUGCGACAUCUGCAGGAGAGCAAGCAGAUAAACAUCACACCAGUCUUGCUGGUCAUACAGGAGAAUGCAGGCUCUUACGAAUUCGUGGUGAAGGAUAAGAAGACAGGGGAUGUAUGUGAGACAUUCCCGGUGGAGGAAAUCACUUCACCAAUCUACAAGGAGUCGAACGAUCCCACAGAUCACUUCAGCAAUCUCCUGAUGUUCAAUGUGAACGCCAGCUGGAAGCCAGGCGCGGGUCCCGAUCAACAUGAAAUGCACAUAUUCCAUGUAGGCAUGUAG